AUGACCGGGAAGAUCAUCGAGGGGGUGGCAGCCGCCAUCACAAAAGCGAGCGAGGACGCCGUUGAGAAGCAGCUCAAGCAGGUCGAGGAGCGGCUGGUUGCAGCGGUGCUGAAGGGUUUCGAGAAAGCCAUUAAGGAGGACAUAUUUUACACUAACCUCCCACCCGAGACCAUGAAGGAGCUGAAGGACAUUGUGAGGGAAGGAUACCAGGAAGGCGAAGCUGGGCGACUGGAAGUCCUCAUCGAAGCGAUGGCGAGAGGUUUCCAGCGAUCGGCGGGCCCGUCGACGAGGUCGCGUCAGGAGGGUGUGGCAGGGGUUCGCAGCGGCGCUGAGCCUCGUUGUCACGAGCGGUCGGUUCCUCCGUCUUCUUCGGUGGGAGGACAUGUCGGCAGCCCGGUUGCAUCCCCACCGGCGCGUGGCCGUCAUCCCGUCGCCAAGCCCGUCGAGGAUAACGAGGUCAUCGUUCUCGACCAGUCGCCCCUCCCGAAGACCUCUGUAGCGGCUCCUAUCCCUCCACCUGAUGCGUUCGCUUCGAUGCGGGAUAUGCUGCAGGGCCUGGGAAAAACGGGUGGGAAAGGAGUGGUUGCGGGGGAGAAAAGUGGUGCCCCGAACGAGCAUGUCGCCUCGACCGGGAAUAGAGCCCUUGGAAAGCGAGGUGCCCCUACCCCGUCCAACGGCGGUGCGGGGAAAGGAGCGGGAGAGGCAACCGCUGGGUUGAUGUCGAAGACUAAGGGGGCAUCAGCUGCGCAGAGCGGUGCUGCUGGCCGAGCUGUCGAGCAUGUGGGAAAUAGGGCGUCGUCCUCAACCCCUCCAGUUGCUCCUGUCGUCCUUGCUCCGGCUCUAGGCAACGUUUGCCUUAGCGAUCCGGGCUCCCCUUCGACGUCGAAGAAGAAGCGUGCUGCGACGAAGUCGUCGAAGCGCUCUGCACAUGCGACAGAGGGCCUUGACGUCGAGGAGAUGGCCAGCGUCCCUGGUCAGGCGCCUGUCGAGAAGACCACUAUUGUCGUUGCUGCUCGACAGGAAAAGUCGAAGAAGGCCAAGGUGAUGGGUUACACCCCACCUCAAAGCUCCCUUCAAAGGACAGGGUUUCGGGACGAGCAGGAGUGGAAGGUCUAUCUCGAUGCGGCUGCGAAAAUGCCAACCGGCGUUUGGAGCGUGGCGCAAGAACAAGGGGAAUGUCGUUUCGACGAUUUCCAGUCGCUGUUGGCGACGGCAAAUAAGGAAGUUCGAGCUGGAACCGACUGGGGAAUCGCGCUGUGCGCGGCGAUUGGUAAGGUCGCGACGCUGGGCCUGAAGCACGGGAACCUGAUUUAUCCGGUUCCUAAGGGCAUGGCGGCGACACCACACAUGAUGGCCAUUGCUACAACUCUGGCGAGCUUGUGGGCGGCGUGCAGGAAGUUGUCGAGGGAGGAUAUUAAGAAGGAUGCCCUAGCUGCCGCAAACGCUGCUCUCGUCGCCCCGGAGACUGCGACCAAGGCUUGUGUGGCUGCUAUGGCCGCGCUCGUGUCCAUACUUUUGCACGUCGGCAAGACGUACCCGGCGAAGCAGUGGCCCGAUCAGCUGUAUUCAUCGGCUGUCGAAGGACUUGGCUCGACGGACCCUGUCUUGUUGCAGAUGGUUCGCGUGGCCGCACAGGUCUGCACGCAAUGGUGCUGCUGUCGAUCGGCUGCCCGCUUGCUGGAGGACGCGGGCUAUGGCAGCCUGACAAUGCCAGAAGAAAAGAGCAAGGCGAAGCUGGGCGACGAGGAUGCUACGGAGAAGGAAACGGGCGGGCAAGGGGAGUAG